GCGGGGCGCGCAGAGGGCAGCAUGGCGUGUGGCUUCCGUAGGUCGAUCGCCUGCCAGCUUUCCAGAGUAUUGGAUCUUCCACCAGAAAGCUUGAUCAAGUCAAUAUCUGCAGUUCCAGUUUCAAAAAAAGAAGAAGUGGCAGAUUUUCAGCUAUCUGUGGAUUUCUUGCUAGAAGACAACAAUCACAAAUCCAAACCAGCUCCUCAAGAUGAAGCCAAGAGACUGGCAGAGAAGCUUAAAUGUGAUACCGUGGUGACUGCCAUCAGUGCUGGUCCAGGGACGCUAAAUUUCAAAAUAAACAGGGAAUUAUUAACAAAGGCAGUGUUGCAACAAGUAACGGAGGAUGGCUCAAAGUAUGGAUUAAAAAGUGAGCUUUUCUCAGGUCUUCCCCAGGAGAGGAUUGUGGUUGAAUUCAGUUCGCCUAAUAUUGCCAAAAAAUUUCAUGUUGGACAUUUACGCUCCACCAUCAUAGGAAAUUUUAUAGCAAAUCUAAAAGAAGCUUUAGGACAUCAAGUAACAAGAAUAAAUUACAUUGGAGAUUGGGGCAUGCAGUUUGGUCUGCUGGGAACUGGUUUCCAGCUGUUUGGCUAUGAAGAAAAACUCCGGUCCAAUCCUUUACAACAUCUCUUUGAUGUUUAUGUACAAGUUAAUAAAGAAGCAACAGAUGAUAAAAAUGUAACAAAAUUGGCACAUGAAUUCUUCCAUCGACUAGAGAUGGGUAACAUGGAGGCACUUUCACUGUGGCAAAGAUUUCGGGACUUGAGCAUUGAAGAGUACACUCAGAUUUACAAGCGCCUUGGAAUAUACUUUGAUGAAUAUUCAGGAGAAUCAUUUUAUCGUGAAAAAUCUCGAGAUGUCUUAAAGUUGUUGGAGAGCAAAGGACUUCUACAGAAAACCAUAAAAGGAAAUGUUGUAGUAGAUCUCUCUGGGACUGGUGAUCUGUCUUCUCUCUGCACCGUGAUGCGAAGUGACGGAACUUCUCUCUAUGCAACCAGAGACCUUGCAGCUGCUAUAGAUCGUAUGGACAAGUAUAAUUUUGAUACAAUGAUUUAUGUCGCAGACAAAGGGCAAAAAAGGCAUUUUCAGCAAGUGUUCCAAAUGCUGAAGAUCAUGGGAUAUGAAUGGGCAGAAAGGUGCCAGCAUGUACCUUUCGGGAUAGUGAAGGGAAUGAAGACUCGAAGAGGGGAUGUCACUUUUCUCGAAGACGUCUUAAAUGAGAUUCAAUCGAGGAUGCUACAGAACAUGGCUUCCAUUAAGACAACGAAAACAAUGGAGAACCCACAGGAGACUGCAGAGAGGGUGGGGCUCGCAGCUCUCAUCAUCCAGGACUUCAGAGGUUUACUCUUAUCUGACUAUCAGUUCAGCUGGGAUCGUGUUUUCCAGAGUCGUGGGGACACUGGAGUCUUCCUACAGUAUACCCAUGCCCGUCUCUGCAGUCUGGAAGAGACUUUUGGAUGUGGUUAUCUCAAUGACUUCAAUGUUGCUUGUUUACAAGAGCCACAGUCUGUUUCAGUUCUCCAGCAUCUUCUCAGGUUCGAUGAGGUGCUUUAUCAGUCAUCUCAGGACCUGCAGCCUAAGCACAUUGUCAGUUACCUAUUAACGCUAAGUCACCUUGCAGCUGUGGCACAUAAAACACUCCAAGUGAAAGACAGUCCUGCUGAUGUGGCUGGGGCCAGGCUUCACCUGUUCAAAGCUGUCCGUUCUGUCCUAGCCAAUGGAAUGAAACUUCUUGGAAUUACACCUAAUUUGUACCACUAAACCUAAAUAUUUUGGUUUUAAAAUAAUUACCAAGCAUGGCAGUUCUGAAAUAAAUAUAUAUGAUGUAUGUGGAUAUGCUGGAAGAAAACCAGAGCAACUUGCUAAGGUAUGCCAAGUGCUCACUAAUCUUUGUACACUGGUUUCUAAGAUUUGCAGCAUUUAUGAAACAAAUGACUAUAAUUUGAUUUAUAAUGCAUGCCUGUUAUUUCAGCACUGAGGGAAGAGAACUAUGAGCUAUAGAAAGUUCAAAGCCAGCCUUGGUUACAAAGUAAGAUUCUAUGCCAAAGACAAAAAUGGUAAUAAUCAUAAAACAGUCUAAAAUGUGUUCCAUCUAUUGGAAUUCCGGAGUUGCAGUUUUCUGUCCCUUUAAGUUGGUAAGCCCUAUAUUUUUCCAAAAAAGCAGCUUAGUUUUAAGAUUAUAUAGUUAUAUGGACAUUGUUCUAGAAUUUUAAAUAUGGACUUUUGUCAAUGAAAUGCUGCCUUUUAAAGAUAUAGCCAAAAUUCCCAGCUGACGGCAUCCAGAUGAAGGAAGACAUCAUAAAACGUAAGUUUCCAGAAAAAUAAACCUUAUUCCGUGGUAAGCUUAGGCUUGUACAUCAGUGCCUCUGCAUAUAAGAUAAACUUUAAACUCAAAUGUUUUAAGCCUUCUACCAUCUACCUCAAGGGUUUUU